AGAAGACGGAGGAAAGUGAAGGGAGAAGGAGGCGUCGCUGUGAGUGUGGGAGGAAAUGAGUGCACAGAGAGCAGCCCACACCGAGGAGGGGGGGGGAGAGGCAAGUCAUUGAUGGUAAGAGAGGCAGGAACAGCGUCUAUGUAUGGUGCAUGAGACACUGUGCACAUCCAGCUCUCUGGAGACCAGACCAGUGAACGAGCGGCCAGGUGACAGUCGGAUCCCCGGAGUCCUCCAUCAUCCGUACCAGCAGCCGCCGCCGCCGCAGCAGCCAUGUCCUCAACACUGCCUAAGAAGGGCUACUACCGGCAGGAGGUCAACAAGACCAUCUGGGAGGUGAAGGAACGGUACCGAGACCUGAUAGCUGUGGGAUCUGGAGCUUAUGGCACAGUCUGCUCUUCUAUUGACAAUAGAAGUGGAACAAAAGUAGCCAUCAAGAAGCUCUACCGUCCUUUUCAGUCUGAGCUCUUUGCAAAACGAGCAUAUAGGGAACUGAGACUUUUGAAGCACAUGCAACAUGAGAAUGUAAUUGGGCUGCUAGAUGUGUUCACACCUGACUUGACGCUGGAGAAAUUCAAUGACUUUUAUCUAGUUAUGCCUUUUAUGGGCACAGACUUGGGCAAGAUAAUGAAGCAUGAGAAAUUAUCAGAAGAUCGAAUCCAGUUCCUUGUAUACCAGAUCCUGCGAGGUCUUAAGUACAUCCAUUCAGCUGGUAUCAUCCAUAGGGACCUAAAGCCUGGAAACCUGGCAGUGAAUGAAGAUUGUGAGUUAAAGAUCCUUGAUUUUGGACUGGCAAGGCAUACAGACAGUGAAAUGACAGGUUAUGUGGUGACCAGAUGGUACAGAGCCCCAGAGGUGAUUCUCAAUUGGAUGCAUUAUACACAGACAGUGGACAUAUGGUCUGUUGGCUGCAUCAUGGCGGAGAUGUAUACUGGGCGUCCACUCUUCAAGGGUAACGACCAUCUGGAUCAGCUUACAGAAAUAAUGAAAAUUACUGGAACACCUACUCAGGAUUUUGUCCAGAAGCUCCAGAGUCCUGAUGCUAAAAAUUAUAUCAAGAGUCUCCCAAAGGUGCAGAAGAAAGACUUUGGGUUAUUGUUGAGAUACGCAAACCCUCUUGCUGUCAACCUUCUGGAAAAGAUGCUGGUGUUGGAUGCAGAUAAGCGAAUAACAGCAACUGAUGCUUUAUGUCAUCCAUACUUUGAGCAGUUUCAUGAUUCCGAUGACGAGGCAGAAGCAGAUCAAUAUGAUGAUUCACAUGAUAAUCUAGACCUUCCUCUUGAAGAAUGGAGGCGUAUUACUUUCAUGGAGUUGACAAGUUUCCAUCCGCCAGUGGCCGAGUCAAAGGAAACUUCUGUAUAGCUGAUUGCAGUGCAACAAAACAUAGGAUAUAAAUUAUGGGACCUGAACUUUGAAACUGGAUAACUGGAUGUAUAAUGAAUCAUUUAUGAAUCAUUUGUGUCUUUGUUUUCAUUCCAUUGGGAUAUAGUGCCUUUUUGUAUUUCCUUUGUUGGGAUUUUUUUUUUUUUUUUUGUCUCCCCUCUUUUCCUGCAGAGUGUACUGUAUAAAAGACUAUUGUGACCCUACUAUUAGCCUUGAGCCAGCUCUGCCAGCCUCCUGUGUUAAUAAGCAGUGUGUCCUAUGUGUGCAGCGGUGAGAUUUUGCUGGUAUACUGUACUUCUGUAUAUGUAGAUUUAGGUAAGCCCUGGAGCAUUCCAAUACACUCUGCAGUAUUAUGAAGAAUAAACCUUUUAAUCAA